CUGCGACCGCCAUCACACCGUCCCAAAUUUCUCCAGCAGGAAGCCUCGACAUUAUCCGAGUAAUGGCUCUCGAACAACAAGUCUACGAUGCGCAGGUCGAAGCAGGUCUCCACCAAGAGCCAAUCGAACUGACAACAGGCUGCGACAACCAUAUAACUUUCCUUGGCGUUAUUGUCUGCUUCUCCCAUGGCUCUGGAUGGAAGUUGACAAAAGCUUUAACACACCCGAAGUACCAACAGGGAGAGCCGCCAUUCGAGGCUAGAUAGGUGUUCGAAUGUAUAUGUGUCUACGAUCCAGAAGACCUAUAUCGUGGGGUCACACGGGCCAUGAUCAAGGUGAAGUACCAGAUUAAAGGAACCGACAAGGCAUCUGUGUUUAUCAGCUGUAUGUCAGAGACUAUCAGGGUGCUCACUCAGGCAGAAGAGCUGCUGUACCAGGCUACCAAUCCAGUCGAAGUACCGAAUGGACAAACUCU